AUGGUAUCUCUGGUCAUGACUUGCCCGGUCUUCUUGUCAGACUUUACCAGCUUCCGACACGUCAUGGCUCUGACGGGCUUCAUCCAAGAUGACGUCCAGCCGCUCGCGGAAGGCAAGUUUGGGGCCUUCUUCCGCAUGUACACCAGUGAAUUCGCCCGUGUGAAGAGGCCUGACGUUCUUCAUCUUUCCCAAGCUCUGGAACAUGGCUUUUUCUCGCGGUCUGGGUUAGUACGGAGCUCACACCCUCCACCAAGAGAACAGCAUGAGGCAACGCAUCAACUCAACGAGCUUAAGAGACUGACAGAGUAUAUGGAUGAGUGGGUCGUCGAUGAAACAUGCGUAACGGUGUCAUGCCCAGGAUACGUCUGGGGCGUGAUUUUUACAGCCGUAUUGUUUGCAGCAGGUGGCUUGGGCAUCGGCUUCAGUGUCGGCGAGCGUAUCAAUGGUGUUGAUCCCUCGAACCUGGCCACCUACCUUUGGGUCGUUGCUGCUUUCAUCGUCUUGGUCGGAAAGAGUAUGAAGGUAAAGGAAUGGACAUGGAACGACUUUCUCCGGAGGCGGGUUCGCUGCUGCUCAGUUUCUGAACUACAGUCGGUGACUAGGAUAGAUGGGCAGCUCAUCAUCGCUAAACUAUUGCAUGAUGAACGGCGGGGAAGUGUACUGAAUAUUCGGGGCCCUUACAACUCAGCUUUCCUCAGAAGAUCUACCGAAGGGUUUUCGAUCGAUAAGCCUAUCAGCUCGUCGACGCUCUUGAUCAGCGGCUUGACGAUGUUGAAGGUCGUCACGGCUAAAGGGCACGCUUUGGUAUGCCUCGACUUUCGCAGGGGAACUGAUUUGAGAGUCAUUGCCCAUACCCCAGAUCCCGGAAAAGAGCAUCUGAUAUGUGAGCAAAUCGACAUUGCAGCCCGGUGUCGGUGCAACUGUAGAUGGCGCGCAGUCUCAAACCAAACACGCAUUUUCGAGAUCUAG